AUUGGACAUGACUGUUUGUUUGUGAGACACCAUCGCUUAGUCCGCUGGCAGGUGUUUGAUGGGUUUCAACAUGAAUGUUUCCUUGCUGCUGCUGCUGCUGCCUGGCUUCCAGCUGCUCCUGAUGUUCAGCGUGGGAGCAAAGAGACAAGAACCAGUGGUUUCCCCCGAGGACCAGGGCACUCUCCUCCGAGACCUCUGGAAGCUGCACAUGAGGGACACCCUGCUGAAAGGAAAAGGUUUGAGUCCUCAUCCAAUGAGAGAAGGGGUCAAACAGCUGCUGCUCUACUGCCGGGUUGGGAUUGGCUACCAUCUCCAAAUUCUGCCCAGUGGCUCUAUAGGGGGCGUCCACAAACCCACUGAGCAUUGUUGGCUCAAGGUGUUUGCUAUGAAACAUGGAGUGGUGGGAAUCAGAGGAGUCAAGAGUGGCUUGUACCUCUGUAUGAGUGGAGAAGGACUGACAUAUGGAGCGGAGCAUUUUUCUGACGAUUGCCUGUUAAAGGAGAACUUGGAGGAGAAUCACUACACCACCUACUCCUCACUGUCUCACCCAGGCAUCUAUCUGGCUCUUUCCCAGAAGGGAGAGCUCAGAAAGGGCAGCAGUGUGGGCCGCCACCAGUCCUGCACCCACUUUCUACCUCGGAGGACACCAUGAUCGGGGGCCACUAUCAACCAGCUACUCCAGAAUUGGGAAUUAAGAAUAUGUGGUUGCUUGCGUUGCAUCUCCAGCUUGUGAGAAAAGCAACAGACUAGACUGCAACAUGAAAAAAAACUACAACUGGAACCACAUCCAAGAGACACAAUUGGUGGGAUUCUUUGGAGCGUUACUUACUGUAAGUAAGGACAACGAACUAUACGCUCAAAUGCUUUGUCACGCUCAGCCAAUCAACCUGCAACUACUUAACUGGCUCAAAAGACCUGAAACAGUCUGAGGACCAAUCAACAAAUAAUGGCUGCUUGGAAAAGAUACAAUAAUAAAUAAUUAUAUAUGCAUUAGCAUAUGUAAUUAUUAUUUACCAGUGAACGGGAGCUGGCUGUUUGGACAAAAUGUUGUUCAAACAACAUACAGGAUUGUUCUUCUGAUAUUUUCAAAAUUGCACAUGCAUGGUUAAUAACUAAAGGCAUUCAAACUAGCAUAAUUGUGUCAGUCCUUUAAGCUUCACUGCUCAAUAUUUUUAUAACAGCAAUGGAUAAAAUGACUGUUUCAGCUGCAGUGACGAACACACAGAUAUUGAUCACCAACCCUGCAUUUCCCCUCCUCUAUACAGAGCUUUUUAGCCAUUUUAAAGCAAUUUUUUGGGGUUUCCAAUCAGAAAACUCUGCUCUCAUAAGCGGUGUUUCCUCUGUACUCUACCUUCUCAGCAGCAAACUGCAGACAGACACAGUUUAGUCUGGAUCAACAGAAGUACGACUAGCUGGUGAGUAUAGCGAAGCAUGUAGCAGCUAAUAAGACAGAUGUUUCCCUUAGGAGUUGGUGAAGACCAAAACAGAGCCAAA